AGGGACGCACCAUCAAUUUGCAAAAAACGAGAAACCUUAAAAGAAGAUAAUAUAAUUACCGAGUACUACUUAUUUUUAUUUUUACAAUAUUCAAUUUUACACUCACAGGUAUGAAUUUAGUAGGGCACAGGUGCAAGUGAGAACGUCCCUGGUUUUCUGGAAAUCGUUAGUGGUCCGGGGCCAUUAAACGCGUUUUAUGUGUCUUGCAAUUUGAUCCUGCAGCGCUCAGUGCGCUGAUCAGAGAGUAACCGAGAGUAAUUUACGCGAAUUCCUUAGCAUCGUGUGGACUCUCUGCAGGUGGGCUGCUCGUAUCAUCUACAAUUAUAACUGCAGUACCACUAAGUCUGUUGUCAACAGUGUGUUACUAUUUAAACUUGUUAAUAUUAUAAAAAAAAAAAACACCAAACAAAGCGUCAUAUAUAUUUUUUUUGGAUCGAUAAAUCGUUCGAUCAUCGGUCGCAACAAUUUCGUGCACUCGACGAGUGCACGACAAAAAACACAAAAAAAAAUAUACGACAUCGAGGGCAUCGUCUCAAUAUUUGGUAAAUGAUUGGUAGUUGUUGAAGUGUAAUGCAGGGCAUUAUGCCAGUUAAAACUAAAACAAGAGUACCAGAAAGUAUGGGUGUAUCUGGAGACUUGGUUGAUGCUCGUGCUAAGCAAGUUCUUCGUGAAGCUGUUGAUGCUGUUGUCAAUAGUUUUGCUAAACAUACUCAAGGGUAUGGAAGAGUUAACGUUGUUGAGGCACUACAAGAAUUUUGGCAAAUGAAACAAAGCAGAGGUACGGAAUUGAGAAACGGUGCAUUAGUUAUUUACGAAUCAGUACCAGGUGCUAGCCCUCCAUAUGUUUGCUAUGUCACUCUACCUGGUGGCUCUUGCUUUGGUAGUUUUCAAAGUUGCCCGACAAAGGCUGAAGCCCGUAGGUCAGCUGCUAAAAUAGCGUUAAUGAAUUCAGUGUUCAAUGAACAUCCGUCGAGAAAAAUAACUGAUGAUUUUAUUGAAAAAGCUGUAGCUGAAGCGAGAGCUAGUUUUAAUAAACCCGCACCUACUUCAAAUGGUCAAUCACAGAAUAAUGGAGAUGAAAAAGAGGAUCCUAACACAGGUAUCGGUGCAUUCCGUUUUAUGUUGGAGUGCAAUCGUGGUAGAACAAUGUUAGAGUUCCAGGAGUUGAUGACUGUGUUUCAACUACUACACUGGAAUGGAUCAUUGAAAGCAAUGCGAGAAAGACAAUGUAGUCGACAAGAAGUUGUUGCCCAUUACAGUCAUCGUGCUCUCGAUGAUGAUAUGCGCAGUCAAAUGGCUCUUGAUUGGGUCGCUAGGGAACAUGAAAAUGGUGGUGGAGUUGUCGCUAUGGAACUUGCUCUUGCUGAGAGAGAAUUGGAGACUGCUAGACUCGCUGGCCGUGAAUUACGAUUUCCUAAAGAGAAAAAAGAUAUUCUUAUGCUUGCUCAUGCUCAAGUUUGUCCACAGUAAAUUUUGAAUUAUUAUUCUUAUUCGACCGGUUAUACCAGUGAACCAUGAUUUUUAAUUAUCAAUAAGCAAACAGUUAUUAAAAUUACUUAUAGUAAUUAAUUAAUUAUGAAAAGUAAUUUACAAGCUAAAUCGCUUCAUUAAAUUCUUCGAGUUA